AUGUCUUCAAGCUCUAUUGGGUCAACACAAUGGUUGCGAGAAAUGCGCUGUUGGUGUGGGGAAGUUGCUCCGGUGAAGAUGUCGUGGAGUAAUGCGAAUCCAGGGAAGAGAUAUAGAGCUUGUCCACAUUAUGGAGGUAAUGGCAAUUGCUGGUAUUUUGAAUUGAUUGAUUCCGAUGUCACCGAGCGUGUAUCAAGAGUUAUUAGAGGGCUAUUGAAGAAGUUGGAUAAGAAGGACAAUGAAAUUGAACGGCUACAAACUGCAAUUGAAAAACAAAAUGGUGUGGUUAAGAAGAUGAAGUUGGAGUCUAAAUUGCAAUUCUUGUUUGGGUUUGCAGUUGGAAUUGUAGUUGGCCUUCUUUGUUUGAAGGCUUGGGUGAAUACAUAUGAACAAACUCCCAAGGUUUUCAAGCUGAAUUAG